CGCGAGGCCGGUUAGGCCCGAAUGUCGUUAGCCGUGGGGAAAGAUGGCGGAAAAUUUAAAAGGCUGCAGUGUGUGUUGCAAGUCUUCUUGGAAUCAGCUACAGGACCUGUGCCGCCUGGCCAAACUCUCCUGCCCUGCCCUUGGCAUCUCCAAGAGGAAUCUCUAUGACUUUGAAGUCGAGUACCUGUGCGAUUACAAAAAGAUCCGCGAACAGGAGUAUUACCUGGUAAAGUGGCGUGGGUACCCAGACUCAGAGAGCACCUGGGAGCCACGGCAGAAUCUCAAGUGUGUGCGCAUUCUCAAGCAGUUUCACAAGGACUUGGAAAGGGAGCUGCUCCGGCGGCACCACCGGUCAAAGCCACCCCGGCACCUGGACCCAAGCCUGGCCAACUACCUGGUGCAGAAGGCCAAGCAGAGGCGGGCGCUCCGGCGCUGGGAGCAGGAGCUCAACGCCAAGCGCAGCCACCUGGGACGCAUCACCGUGGAGAACGAGGUGGACCUGGACGGCCCCCCGCGGGCCUUCGUGUACAUCAACGAGUACCGUGUCGGUGAGGGCAUCACCCUCAACCAGGUGGCUGUGGGCUGCGAGUGCCAAGACUGUUUGUGGGCACCUGCUGGAGGCUGUUGCCCUGGGGCGUCGCUGCACAAGUUUGCCUACAAUGACCAGGGCCAGGUGCGCCUGCGAGCCGGGCUGCCCAUCUACGAGUGCAACUCCCGCUGCCGCUGUGGCUAUGACUGCCCCAACCGCGUGGUACAGAAGGGCAUCCGCUAUGACCUCUGCAUCUUCCGCACGGAUGAUGGACGCGGCUGGGGUGUCCGCACGCUGGAGAAGAUCCGCAAGAACAGCUUCGUCAUGGAGUACGUGGGAGAGUUUUCAGGGUGGACCACCCCUUACAGAGUGGGACUGAAAAGAAGACAGAGAGAAGGAACCGUUUGUGCCCUGCAGGGUUUGCAGUGUGACUCACUCCUGGGGAGACUGGGGGAGCAGAUCAUUACCUCAGAGGAGGCAGAACGGCGGGGCCAGAUCUAUGACCGCCAGGGCGCCACCUACCUCUUCGACCUGGACUACGUGGAGGACGUGUACACCGUGGACGCCGCCUAUUAUGGCAACAUCUCCCAUUUUGUCAACCACAGUUGUGACCCCAACCUCCAGGUGUACAACGUCUUCAUAGACAACCUUGAUGAGCGGCUGCCCCGCAUCGCUUUCUUUGCCACAAGAACCAUCCGGGCAGGCGAGGAGCUUACCUUCGAUUACAACAUGCAAGUCCCCCAACCCUCCCCGCUCCUAACCCCCUUUGGCCUUCCUCAUUCUAAGCCUCUGGACACCCUUGUGGCCUCCAACCAGUCCCCUUCUUGACCAACUAGCCACCUCUGAGACACUCGAGGGGGGAUCUUUGGCAGGAGAGUUCAGAUGCCCCUCUGGAUGCCCAGGUGACCCUCCAUUCCUGACCCCUGCCUGACAUAACCCUCUUGGUUGCCCCUGACAGCUCCCUGACCCCCCCCCAAGAACCUCCAAUCCCUGGCCAUCUUCCUAAUACCUGAACACCCCUCUAGUGCUAAGCCCUGGCCCUUGCCUGAAGCCACCAACCCCAUGACCCCUUCCUGACCCAGAUCUCAGAACUGCCCCCAGCCCCUAAGAUCCCUGGGUCCCAUGGUAAAAGGGCAGUGGGACAGCUUCACCUAGGCCUCUAUCUAACAAGUCCCCCA